CUCGCAUUCCCACUCUAGUACAAUGUCAAUGGUACUCUGAAUCGAGCAUCAAAGGGUAGAUUGUAGUGUAGCCCUGCAUUGUAAUACAAAAAGGAGCCUCCAGAAGGUAAUUUAGGUGAUGACUAGUUAUACGACAACCAUGGAAGGGUGUGCACCACAGCCUCUAUCAAGACCAAAUAGUAUCGAUGACAGGAGGACCUGUUGGGUUUGCUUUGCCACGAUAGAAGAUGACCGGUCAGCGGAGUGGGUCAGGCCGUGCCGCUGCCGAGGAACAACAAAGUGGGUCCAUCAGAUGUGUUUGCAACGCUGGAUCGAUGAGAAACAGCGCGGUAACAGCAUGGCCAAGGUCAUGUGUCCCCAGUGCAAUGCAGAGUACUCCAUCACAUACCCUGAACUUGGUCCCAUUGUAUACAUCUUAGACUUGGUGGACAGGUUCAUUUACAAGGUUUGCCCGUUUGCAGCGGGAGGCAUCGUUGUAGGAUCGGUCUACUGGACGGCCGUUACCUACGGCGCUGUCACCGUCAUGCAAGUCCUCGGCCACAAAGAGGGACUGGAUGUGAUGGAACGGGCGGACCCCCUCUUCCUCCUCAUCGGCUUACCCACAAUUCCCGUCAUGCUCAUCCUGGGUAAGAUGGUUCGAUGGGAGGACUAUGUCCUGCGGCUUUGGCGGAAGCACUCGCCCAAGCUGCCCUUCUGGAAUUACCUGUUCCCAGAAGAAAGCAUCAAGACGCCGAUUGUUCCAAGAGUCCCAACGGAGCCUCAGCCGAUCUCCGAUCCCAUCUCGGCGACAAGAGUCCUCUGCGGUGCUCUCAUCUUUCCAACUAUCGCUACCAUGUGCGGAAAGCUUAUGUUUAGCUCAUUAACGUCUAAUCUGCAGAGAACGAUAUUGGGCGGAAUAGCGUUUGUCGCGAUCAAGGGUGCUCUCAAAGUAUUCUACAAACAGCAACAGUAUCUGCGCCAGGUUCAUCGCAAGGUCCAAGAUUUCCCAGAGGAAAGCCGGUAGCCUUCAGCCAUCAAAUGCCCUAUCCCCCUUUCUCUCCUCUCAUUGUGAUCUUCAGAUCUUCACUCUUCAUGUUAAGGUGGUACAGACUUGAGUCAUGGUUAAUCUCUCCUACAUGUGAUUUCUGUGCAGAUAUAUAUGUACCACUGAAUUUCUUCUGUUUGUAUUCCGGCUCCACUAUUCACGAGUAGAGUGUCAUUUUGGAGUAUGAAAUGAAUGCAGUGAAGCUACAGCCCUGCAGUGAUAAGUUUUCAAAGAGCUAAAGCUAUGUAACAUCUAAGAAAAUGUGAAAUUCUGACAGCAACCCUGUAAAUUGCAUGAUGUGUACAACCAGAAGAAUACAUCCAUGGUCUGCUUUGAUGAAGAGGAGUGCCGAUUCUCAGACGAAAUUCUGAAUUCCGGCCUUGGCAUGGUGGAAAAUUGAUUUUCAGGUCAUGAGCUUUGAAUCGGCUUCUUGUGUUCAAAACAGCUAAUAUCUGAGUGAUUUUCAGAAACUAAAUGAAUUCUUGCUCUGGCAUGCCAGGAUGAAGUAAUACUGAUAUGUAGUUUUUCUGUAGAAGAUUUGCAUGAACUUGGUAAAAGGGCCGUUCCAAUGAUCUGAAAGCCUGGUCCAUCCCAAUCAUUAGAUUGGCGGAGUGCUGGUUUUAGGAAUCGGUUGAAAUCAGGAGCAGUGCAGUAAGAGCAUUGUGAGGACAGGCCAACAGCAAGGGCCCAUUUCAUAAAGAACUUGCAACUGUUUUAACUUUGCCACUAUGGCAACUACUAUCAUGGUAGCAGAACUCAUCAACCAAUCAUAAUCAAGGUUUCCAUAGGAGUUGCCGAAAUGGCAAAUUUACAACAGUUGCAAGUCCUUUAUGAAACGGGCCCCAGGUGUUUAAUUCAGAUCGAGAAGAUUGGCAUGAAAUUUUGAACUCUUUCAAAAUUUCAUGCCAAUCUUCCCGAUCGGGUAGCACCCAUUUUGAAUGGUGGGAAAAUGGAGUGUUAAUGACAUGUGGACCUAUCUAAGUGGUCUUUCCAGAUGUACUAAAGGCAGCACCUGGAUUUAAAGUGAACAAGACUAACUUUAUCCCUAGGAACUUUCUUUCACCCUCUGAGAAUGUUCAAAGGCACAUUUUCUUUCUCCCGAUCUUGCCCAUUCUGUAGACUUGCCAAAUAAGAGCAAGGUCUGCAAAGUGGAGCACGGGAAGGAUAUGGUACUAAUGACUCCCGUGGGAACUCGGCAGGACAGCGUUUUGCUGGUAUAUGCCAAGCUGGUGUAUAAACAAUUACCUAGGAAACAUUUUUACGUCUGGGUUAAUCAGUCAGUGUUUGACCUUAUGUAGACGACAGAUAUUACUCUCUGGUCUUUGUAUCAAAGUGGAGAUAAUGGCAGAGUGGGGAUUCGAACUCGCAACAUUGCGAUUAGGAGUCCAAUGCUCUAACCACUGGACCACGCGACCCAUAGGAUAUUGCCACAGUGUGAAGAAAAAGAAAAUAAUGUGAAGUUUUCAUUUUCUGUCUUUGGUCCCAGGGUAUGUCUGAUCCAUACAUGCGUAGAGUGCUAUUUAGGAUUGCUCCGUUCUUAUUCGAGUAUAAAGAUCUUCAAUGCCACCAUUGCCGAUGCAUAGCGUUAUCGGUUAGGCAAUUGAAUCUUGGCAUUUUUCGUAAUCACAAGAUUGAGGACCAUACUUUAUUUACUAGAUGAAGUCCCAUGAUUUCUUUACCAACAGAGCAUCAAGAAUAUUGAAAUAUGUACAAAGAGAUGAUUGAGCUUGCAGAAAUAUUCAUAAUAUGCAUUGAAAAUUGUGUUUGUGUACAGUACCUGCUUGUCGGGGUGUAAAGAAUUGAUGAUAAUGUAAAUUAUUUAUAAUUUUCUAGAAUGUAUAUAUACAGCAUACCGUCUUAUGGGAUAAAUAGCACAGCAAGAAUUUAGUGGAAACAUGAAUGAGCAAUGGAGCUAUGUAGAUCGUACGGUCAGGACUAGUCUGACUUAGAUUGGAUAAUGGGUUAUUUUGAGUUUUACUCAAGGCCGUGAUUUUUUCAACCACACUUUGUGCAUUUCAAUCUGAAUUGGAAAGGGUGUUUAUUAAAAACCACAUGGCAGCCCAAAGCUGGAUUGGGUGGAAUUUACAUCACAUGAUAAAUUAAAAUGGAAAAUAUGCUUAUAAAAAUCACAUCUUCAAAUCAUGAUCAAAGAUUGAUAAACAAUGAUAGGAAAGAGAAAUAGAUUAGAAAAAACUUUAAAGCUAAAUUACAGCAGUUGCAUUAAAACGCAGAUUUCGUGAGAAAGUCUGUAAAACCAAGGUUAAGUAUUACUAUAUCAUUGUUGAUCUAGAUCUGGUACAGUUACAUAAACUGCGUUUUGUGAAAUCAUAAAAUCUAAGCUGAAAAACAACCACACUGAACAUCGCCAACACAGGUAGGCACACGUGGGACAGUGUAUAUUAUAUUGCUGGAAUAAAGACCUGACGGAAGUACCCGAAUCCGUGCUUAUUUUGCUUAUUUCUCAGCAAUU